AUGGUCAAUACCGGAGUAUCGGGUGAUAAAUUGGGCUCGGAAGCCAACCCUAUCGUGAUAAACGCCGAUGCCAACGAUGAUUGUGGGGAGCAUCACGCACCACAACAGGAUGUUUCUGAUGGGGACACUGAGCCUUUGAGUACACCAGAAUUUUGGGCGACUUUUGAUGAUGGAGGCUCUCACGUUCCACAGAACAAUCCCAAGUCCGCACUGACGAAUUCGAAUUGUGACUUGACGCCAUGCAAAUCAAAAUAUAGUCAAAGUCCCAUUUUAAGUGGGUCCCUUGAGCUUGAAUUUCCCCACGCGUAUCUAGAGGAGGAAAGGUCCGAGGCUGCCAACCCUCCUAAAAUCGAAGAUAGGGCCUCACAAAACAAAGAUCGAAGCUGUCACCGGAAAGCAGAGACCCACGCGGCAUCUGGUGGUCGAGGCUACUUCGUGCGGUCUUGUCAAAGUGAUGAAUUGCCAUCUAUCGAGACUAGCCAUCCGGAGAGUGAAGGGUUUGGUAAACGCAGAAGGGGACAUGGAGGAGAGGACUAUUCUAGGAAUAGGCGAUCAAAGCGCCUGGCAGCGAACAGGAAAAUGAAUGGAUGA